AUGCCACAAGUCACUUUAGACUAUUGUAUCGUUCAAGAUGCUGCUGCAAAUCUCUCAGCUGGUAUCUAUAAAUACCAAAACGUUCGAUUUGCUGCUGCUCCAUUGGUUAACGAUGGUACCCUUGCCGCAUCAGAUGUUGCAUGCACAACCGCUGAGGAUUGCUUGUUCAUGGAUAUUUAUGUGCCAGCUAAUACUACGGUAAAGAAGCUUCCUGUUUUGCAAUGGACUUAUGGCAUUGCCGGUGUUGCUAACGGACCAACCUUCACUCACGGAGGAGGCGCCACCAAUGUUGCCGUUCAUGAUACAGAACAAGCCUACAUACGAAGCAGAAUUCUACGCUGGUCACUACAAUUGGACCGGACCAUGAGUCAUCACACACACGAGCUUCACGAGAAGAAUAGCGACGUUAUAAGCGGUAUUAAUAGCACCGCUGAUGUUGCCGAUAAAAUACGCAUGUACUCCCCUGGGAUUACUGACACUGUCAUCAGCGAAAUCCUUGCUCUCUAUCCCGAAAAUGAUUACGCCUCUCCCGGACUUCGCUUCUCAGACAUUGAGCAAAGCUUCGAAUUGACCUCACACAAUUUGGCAUUGACCAACGGUCUUCACAACCAGACUUGGAAUGCAACGGUUACAUUAGGUGAAGCUACUCAUGGUACUGAUCAGGAUUAUUACUGCGCGGAUUGUGCAAAAGUAUCUUUUGUUUUCGCAUUGACUGGCAAUCCUAAUACCCUUUGGCCAAAUGACAAAAUGGAAUGGCCUUUGUAUAACACCAGUACCAAUGGUGUAGAAAUUGUUUUCAAUGCAAGUAUGUACUUGCAAGCGGAUUCUUUAGCCAACGCCAAAUCUAGAUUUUGGAAUAAGGCUCUGUGGUACUAG